AGGUAGGCGCUGUCAAGUUUCGCCUCGCAACAACACAAUAGAACUCGCAGUGGCAAUUUCUCGCGAAGAACGCACGUUUCGCAUUGUUCUCUGGCUUCACAAUCGAAGGUUCUUUGACCGCCGCUUGUAGAUAGCAGUUAGCGCCUGUGAAAAUCGUGAAAAAGGGAAGCUUUGGUAUCAAGAAUCGUGCGUGUUUCAUCUCUUGCCUGUGACCAGGGACUCUCCUCCUCCUCCUCCUCCGUAUAUACACUGCCGAGAUGAGUUCACGGAAGGAUUUUUUUCGGUCGAUAAUAGAAUCCUCCUCAUCGAUCGGUGGCUCGAACAACGAUUCGGCGAACGCUACCUCACAGAACCUCGACAGUGGGUACCGUACGGGCGUAACGACCAGCGGCGAGGAACCGACCGCACCGUUGCCAGUUCAGGGCCGUGGACGAGCAUGGGCACUUUCGUCGCUUGGUGUGACGAUGGCACCGCCGGCCGAUGCGGCGGCACCGCUGGUGACGCCGAUGGAAAACCUCGUCAUGGGAGGACGGGGCCGAUUUUUGCAGAAGCUUCUGAGUCAAGCCGCCCCGACCGCGGCCACGGUAGAGCCACCGGCGGAUACGACCGUUCCGAUCUCGUCGGCCACCUCCGGAGCGGGAACGGCAUCGAUCAAGGACAGCGACGCUCGGUCGGUCGCAUCAAGGCAGGCGUCGGACGUUACCAAGGCGGAGGAUUCGUUUGUGCUGCGUGAAUGCAAGGAGCAGGGCGAGCCGGUCAUACGCAUCGGAAAGGAGGGCAACCCGCUGCACCUGAUGGGCAACUUCAUGGAGCUGAAGUGCGAGCCGGAUCGCGGUAUCUUCCUGUACACGGUCGACUUUAGCCCGCCGAUCGAUGCGAAGCGCACCCGCCAGCGGUGCAUCGACAGCCACAAGGACGUGUUCGGGACGGCGUACACGUUCGACGGGCACAUACUGCUGCUGCCGAAAGCGUUGGAGCAGGAGCGGUUCAAGCUGGCGUCGAAACAUCCGACCGAGGGUACGCCCGUCACGCUGUCGGUGGUGUUCCGCGUGCAGCAGCAGAUGAGCCAGAAUGUGGCGUUCUACAACAAGCUGUUCCGGCGCAUCAUGUACAUGCUGCAGCUGUCCGAGAUGGGCCGCAAGCACUUCGAUCCGACGCAGGCCCGCAUCAUACCGCAGCACAAGCUGGAGAUUUGGCCCGGGUUCGUGACGGCGGUGAACGAGUUCGAGGGCGGGCUGAUGCUGAACCUGGACGUUACGCACCGCGUGCUGAUGCAAACGACGGUGUACACGCACAUCAAGAUGCUGGCCCAGGCCCGCGGUGGACAGUUUCGGGAGAACGUGCUGAAGUCGCUGCUCGGGGCGGUCGUGCUGACGCGGUACAACAAGAAAACGUACCGCAUCGAUGAUGUGUGCUUCGACACGAACCCGCUCAGCACGUUCCGGUACGGGGAGCGGGACAUCUCGUACGUGGAGUACUACAAGGAGCAGUACGGGCUGGAAAUUAAGGACCACCAGCAGCCCCUGUUGCUGAACCGGUCGGAGCGGCGCGUGGUGGGGAAGACCGAGCCGGAGGAGAUGAUUGUUUGCCUGGUGCCGGAGAUUUGCUUCCUGACCGGGUUGACCGAUGAGAUGCGAAACGAUCAUAAGGUAAUGCGCGAUAUUGCAACGUACACGCGCAUCACACCGAACCAGCGGCUCGUGGCGAUGCGCCAGUUUUGCGAGAAUGUGAACAAAAACGAAGCCGCCCGCAAGCUGCUCUCCUCCUGGGGGCUCGAGCUGAUGAUCACCCCGAAGGUGAUGAUGGGUCGGCAGCUCCAACCCGAAAACAUCACGUCCGGCGGGGGUGUGGUGGGCAGCGCCGGCCCGAACGUCGACUACACCCGCCAAGUCACCAACAACCCGAUGCUGGAGAUCGUCCACAUCCGCCAGUGGAUGCUGCUGUACACGCAGCGCGACGAGCAGCACGCGUCCGUGUUUCGCGAUUGCGUGAAGCGUACCUGCAAGCUGCUCGGGUUGGAAGUCGCCCAACCGCAGAUCGAAGUGCUGCCGCAGGACGCCACCAACCUGUACGUGCAGGCGCUGCGCACACGCAUCCGCCCCGGCACCCAGAUCGUGGUCAUCAUUUGCCCGACGUCCCGGGACGAUCGGUACGCCGCGAUCAAGCGCAUCCUCUGCACGGAGGUACCGAUCCCGUCGCAGGUCAUCAACGCGCGUACGCUCGCGAACGAGAAGCGUAACCGAUCGGUCGUGCUGAAGGUGCUGCUGCAGAUGAACUGCAAGCUCGGAGGGUCGUUGUGGGGUGUCCGCGUGCCGAUCAAACGCACCAUGAUCUGUGGCAUUGACACGUACCACGAGGCGAAGCAGCGCUCCAGCUCGGUGGCCGCGUUCGUCGGUUCGCUCGACGCUGCCUUCACGCACUGGUACUCGCGGGCGACCGUGCAGGAGCGGAAGGAGGAAAUCCUGAACGGGCUGUGCGUGUCGCUCGAGAAGACGCUGCAGGCGUACCAGCGGCGCAACUGCCACCUGCCGGACAGGAUCAUCAUUUUCCGCGAUGGUGUAAGCGACGAGCAGACAAACAUUUGCCGGGACUACGAGAUACCGCAGCUGCAGGCGGCCUGCAAGCUGAUCCAGCCGGACUACGAGCCGAAGAUUACGUUCAUCGUGGUGCAGAAGCGCAUCAUUACGCGGCUGUUCACGAUGAGCCGCGGCGGUGGGGAUGGUGAAGGGCAAGCGAAUGCACCGCCCGGUACCGUGCUGGACAACACGGUCACACGACGGUACAUGUUUGACUUUUUCCUCGUAUCGCAGACGGUGCAGAUGGGCACGGUGACACCGACGCAUUACAUCGUGCUGCGGGACGAUUCCAAGUUUUCGCCCGACAUUCUGCAGCAGCUGAGCUACAAGAUGUGCUACAUGUACUACAACUGGACCGGGACGAUUCGUGUGCCGGCGUGCUGUCAGUACGCACACAAACUGGCAUAUCUUGUUGGACAGUCGGUCAAGCGAAUGCCGGCAGAAUCGUUGAACGACAAGCUGUUCUACCUGUAACAAAGCGCACACUUUGGAGCGGCAAAGGGAGUAUCUUUUUUUGCAAUUGUGUUGUUCAUCUCAACAUCUUCAGAAAUUUACCUCUUUUUUUCUAUAUUCUACUUGAUACACAUGCACUAUUGACAUUACGGAAUUUAAUCUCGUUGCUACACACGUUACUAACACAUACUGAUACAACACACAGAUGUAUUAACCUCUUUCCGUUGAGCUGUACAAUCGUGAACUUAUUAUACAUUCGUUGAACUAAGAAUAAGAUAUGGGUUAGAAUUUAUGGGUUAUACCAAUAGAGGACUGUAUAACAAACCCAAGUGCCUUAACAGAUCACGCCAAUUUACUUACAUUUUUAGCAUUAAAACGUCCUUUAGCUCGUAGAGAAGGGAAAAGCUUCAUCUAUUUUUUUUAAUUCACUUUUUGGGAACAAAUUUUAAGAACAAGUGAGAUUCUUAUUUCCGUUGGCAGGAACGUUCAUGAAUCUGAAUUAAAGCUUAAACAAACAAAAUCUUUUAAAAACCUAUUUUUCUAUUACGCUGUUUUUUUUUCUUACGCCUCUUUAAACUGCGAAACUAGCGUGUGUGCUAGAAUUAGUAUAAAACGCGGUCUCCAACACUUGUGAGACAUUUGACAUCGUGUAAUAUCUUUCGACUGGACUAUCUCUACCAUUUUAUAGUUCAUUCAUUUUGUUGUUUAAUGGAUUUAAGUGAAUAAGAUGUAGCUUGGAUGAAAACAAUUAUAUUUUUCCCAAUGCUUUUCAAAUAAAUAAUUAUUUCAGAAGUGGAUCUCGUAAGUGAAUUUAAGAAGUAAAACUUCAAGAGAAUUACAAUGUAAUUUUAACUGUUAAAACUAUGAACUGCUGUAUCUUUGAAGAGAAGGGGGUAAGCUUUUGUUUCUCUCAAGCAAAGAUUGAAUUCCAAAGACUGACGUUGAUGUUAUAAGAAUUUGUGGAAGGUGUCAAAUUGUGGACCAAACA